AUGUCCACGAAAGAUGGGAACACGAUCGAGGUGUCGGCGCCUACGACCUGGGCACAACACAUGAAAGAACUGAAGACCUACUCACGUGCGGCUUUGGCAGCUUUGGGCUGUUCUUCCAUUGCCGUCUUAGUCGGAUAUGACAUGAUGAUAAUCGGAUCGAUUAUUGCCAACAAAGAGUUCAUUAAGGCAUUUGGAGUACACGAUUCGGGUGCAAAUGCCUGGACGCUACCAGCUGACCGGCAGCUGGUAUGGACCAUCUGUCAAUUCUGUGCCGCUAUUCUGGGUGCUGUCACUGUCGGACAAGUAAGCGAUAUGUUCGGCCGCAGAGUUUGCUUCAUUACUACCAUUCUCCUCACUACCAUUGGAACUGUGGUAGAGCUUGUUUCGAAUCACUGGGGACUAUGGGCCUUUGCUAAGAUUAUAUUUGGUAUUGCCAUGGGAUUCAUGCAGGGCAAUACCCAAGUAUACGUCUCUGAGAUUACACCGCCUCAAAUUCGAGGCUUCAUGCUUUCUCUAUUUCAGUUGUGGAUUGUUUUCGGCUCAUUUCUAUCGGCUUGUGUCCUGGAGGGUACUUCAAAAGUCGAUGGCCCUUGGUCAUGGAAAGCUGCGGUCAUUUCCCAGCUUGGGUUGGCGGCAAUGUGCCUGGCACUCUUCUUAUUGCUCACUCCGGAAUCUCCAUACUGGCUGACAAGCAAAGGCCGUCUCGACAAAGCAAAGGCGGCUUUAUCCCGUAUUCGAAGUGGAGAGCAUGGUUACGAUAUCGAUUCGGAGGUGAGAAGCAUUCAAGCCACCCUUGAAGCAGAGAAAGAGGUUUCCUCCGAGGCCGUCUCCUAUCUUGAAUGCUUCAAAGGUACAGACCGUCGCCGAACCUUACUGGCGUGUCUUCCAAUGGUGAUGCAACAAUUUGGCGGAUUUCCUCUUUGCGGAAACUAUCUCGCAUAUUUCCUCACAUUGUCUGGGCUGGAAAACGCUUUCCUAAUUACUGUUAUAUCCCUGCUCCUUGCCAUUCUCGCUGUCGCUGUGUCGUUCGCCUUGAUCGAGCAUGUCGGCCGCCGCAAGCAGCUACUCUUUGGUGUAUUCAGUAUGAUUCCUUGCCUACUUGCCAUCACUGUCCUCGGUUGGGUUGGGCGAGGAACAGUAGCCAGGGGACAGGCUUUGGCUGCCUUUUCGAUUAUUUGGUCCGUCUUUUAUUACCUAUCUCUUGGAGCUGUUGGAUGGACAAUCGUUGGCGAAAUUUCCUCCUCUCGUCUCCGUGCAAAGACAAACUCAAUCGCAACCGCCGUCAACGCGAUAUGCAACAUGGGCUGGGCGAUCGCCAUACCAUACCUCAUCAACACUGAAGAGGCAAACUUGGGUCCGAAGGCCGGUGUUGUCUUCCUCGGCCCAGCUAUAAUCCUGGGCGCUAUAGCUUUCUUUGUGGUUCCUGAGACCAAAGGGAAGAACUUCGCUGAGCUCGACGAACUCUUUCAACUUCGCACACCUGCCCGGAAGUUCUAAGGAAGGCCAAUCCGUAAGGUCAAGGGCUGUAAGACGUUUGAGUGAGGAUGUACUGGCAUCAAUGCGGCUGGGUUUCUCUGGAUCCAUGAGGACAACCCAUCCGACCAUGAGGACUGAGUUGCAUGAUACGAUGUCACAAUAGCUUAGACAUU